GGCUGAAGCAGUGGCGCGCCAUUCUUGCGGAGGGCGGAGAGCCCUUUGGAUUAGGAGCGGCUGGUUGUACCAGUAAUACUGUAGCCGGCCACUCGCACAUCGACGAAACCGGGCAGGAGCACGUUUUUGGCGUCAAGGACACGUUUAGCAACCUGGUUUUGCAGCCCACGGAGUCCACCCUCACCAUGCUGCAAUCUUCCGCGGAGCCCGGCGGGGUGCUGUCUAUGGCGUUCUCAAUUGCUACAUUCUCAGCUGUCACAUGAAUUUGGCAUGCCAAAACAGUAAUAGGGAAAGGGGCAAGCUUGCAAGUCUUGCAUCACAAAUUUAGUACGGAUUUAGAUGCUGUUUAGCCCUUCGAUAAUUUGUCACGCGAAGCAGCUUGAUCGUCUUGCGGCUCACGGUCAUUUUGCAUGACAAAUCACGUAGCAGUUGAGAAUGUAACGUCUGAGAACUCCAUACUGUCGGCCCUCACCGUCGAGGAGGUGGCGGCAGGGCUGCAGUAUGAGAGUGCACAACUCCCCCUCGGCCUCAUUUCUCAUGCAAAAUCCCAAAUCCAAUUGCUUCUUUGCGUCACUAUUAUGCAUGACAGAUUCCGGAAGGAGCCCAAACAGUACUACACUAGGCGCAUGAAUUUGUCAUAGACAAACUCCACGUAUGCUGGUGUUUGUAUUGCUGUUCACGCAAUACAAAUGAGGGGGAGGGGGAGUUGUGCACUUGCAUAUGCAGCAGGAAUGGCACAAAGCGGAAAAUUUGGCGGGGAGGCGGCACAUGGAGGUGAUGAAGAUCACAAUAUCAAAUGGAAAAAUGUCUGAGACUGGAUGAGUGUAGGAGUUUGUCAUGCAGAUUUUGGAAGACCCAUUUACUUAUGUCUGUGAUGUGUGCUCUAGCAUCAGAGAUUUUGCGAGGGCUUCCUCAUGCCUAUACCGCAUGAGAAAUUCCCCGUCCACCGCGUAGCAAAAACUAGACUCCUGUUGCUGCUCCUGCAACACAGAUUUUUGUAGAGUCCACAAAUAGCAUCACAAGUUACAACCUUCCAGACCCAGACAUUUUUGCAUUCGAUAGAAAAACGAAAAUGAAGAAGACUUGACCCGUCGCGAGUCGCGGGAGUCGACCGGAUUGAUGGAUUGGAUCCAGUAAGUCAAAUAAAGCGGAUGAUUGUCGUACGACGUAGUUUAUUCUCCACACCAAGUUUCUCAGAUUGAAUUUCGUUUGGUUCGUAGAAUGAGAUCUUCAUAGGUGAAGAUCACCUGCUCUUCAUCUGGUGUGUGAUGAAACGUAAGAAUGUAGGCUUGUCGCACAACAAGCGCCGACGCCGUGGUCGACGUGUGUGGGUCCACCUCAGAGGCAUAAGAUUUUCUUUUUCAAAAUUUUCCGCUCUACUUUCAGGCUUCCUUCCCCGGCCGGCAUGUUUGACUGCCUCGGGUUCGGCGCAAAAACCCCGAGCCAGAAUUCGGACGAAAAAGCGGCCCGGAGGAGCGACGAGUUUGGCCCUGUGUCGCAGCAAGUGUACGACGAACUCCGUCGCGCGAUCGACCUCGGCUUCUUGCACUGCGUCGCGGCGGCUUUGUUAACCUUUCCCGGCCUGGUCCAGCCGUUUCUAACACCGGAAGAACUUCGCGAGGUUAGCUCCUGGAGGGGAGAAGCAGCCGGGCGGGAUGAUCAGUUUGGAGGUGCUGGUGUCGGGAUGUCGAAAGGCAGAGAGAGCAAAGACAAACACCCCCACAACCACAAGCACCGACGGGGACGGCGAGAUGAAAAUUAUAGGCAUCAUGAAGUAGAUGAUGACUAUGAGAUGAAGAACUACAAAAGGAGUCGGAAACAUUC